UGGAAGGAAAAUGAAAUCGAUCGCUUGUUGUUUGGUGAUUGUUCUAAGUGUUUCGGUAGUGUUGAUUUAUGGCGAAAGUCGUCAGUGGGGUCGCCGAGUGUCUGGAGAUCGUCUGCUAGAUUAUGCCGUGGUAGUGAACAACUCACUGCCAGUACCGGAGAAGAGCAGCAUCUAUCGCUAUCUUCCAGCACCGGGUGCAUACCGGCCACCGAACAUUACCGCUAUCUACGCCCGUGAUAAUGUUCCGGCCGGGAACGGUGGCUACGCCGGUAUCGUUUCCGGUGGAGUGAACCAAUCCAAUGUGACGCUCAAACUUACCUCGAAGCCAUAUCUACGAUUCAACUUUACCGUGGAGGUUUACGGAAAGUAGAGC